GCAUACCUUUAUGUUAGCAAAAUGUGGUUCCGGACUGUACAAUUGCUUGUCCUGCUGGCACUGACUGGCCGUGGGCAGAGUCAGGACCGUCCAAUCGUUACUACAUCCGGUGGUCAAGUACAAGGUACGACCGAGUCGUGUGGUCUGUUCUGCACGUACUACUCCUUCAAGGGCAUUCCGUACGCAGAACCCCCGGUCGGUGGGCUACGCUUUACAAACCCGGUACCGCAUGGCGGAUGGUCCGGCGUGCGUGAUGCCAGCCAGCACGGCAACACUUGUCCCUCGCAGGAUGCCCUACCAACCGAGGGAGAAGAUUGUCUGUUCGUGAAUGUGUACAGUCCCUCACUGAUCGGAACGCGCCCGGUGAUGGUAUUUGUGCACGGCGGUGCCUACAGUGGCGGUGCCGGCGAUGAUGCACUUUACGGCGCAAGAUACUUCAUGCCGGAAGAUGUGGUAAUCGUAACAAUCAACUACCGGCUGGGUGUGCUCGGAUUUUUCAGCACGGGCGAUAGCAAUGCGUCGGGUAACUGGGGCAUCAAGGAUUGUGUCGAAGCGUUACGGUGGGUGCAGAGGAAUAUUGUCGCCUUCGGAGGCGACCCAAACCAAGUGACACUGUUCGGCCAAUCGGCUGGUGGUGCAAUGGUACACUUCUUGACACUGUCACCGCUUACCGAGGGAUUGUUCCAGCGGGCGAUCACACAUAGCGGAAGCGCACUAAAUUCCUGGUCACUGCAGCCAAAUCCACGCACCGAGGCAAACCGUUUGGCAACAGCGCUCGGUAUUUCCACAACCGAUACGGCUGCAAUGGUGGCAGCGCUGCGGCAGGCUCCUUAUCGUAGCUUGGUCGCACAGCAGCAAGGUUUGACGACGCAGGGUGUACCACUGCUACUUAGACCGGUAGAUUUUGCUCCUGUCGUUGAACCAGCCAACGCACCCGGUCCAAUUGCACUCGACCGAUUGCCGAUCGAGCUAAUCGAGAGUGGAUCGUAUCGUGCCAUACCGCUGAUGGCGGGCUAUGUGGAAAAGGAUGCGCUUCUGUUUUCUGCCCUCGAAUUGGUUACAAACCCGGGCAUCUUCGAUCUGUUCAAUGGCAACCCUCACCUGCUGGUACCAUUUGUUUGGAACAUUCAGGAGGGCAGUGCUGCUUCUGCGGCUGUUAGUCAAGCAUUCCGGCAAUACUAUUGGCAGAGUCAACCUUUGAGUGCUGCGUUGCUGAAUGAGUUCACCGUCUAUCUUACGGAUCAUCAGUUUGCGUAUCCACAGCUUGAAAUGGCCAAGCGGCAUGCGGCACGGUCGUCGGUGUAUCUGUACCAGUUCCAGUACGAUGGCGAUCUGAACUUGGUGAAACAGUCCGUCGGUAUUACGCUACCUGGUGCGACGCACGGCGAUGAGCUAUGCUAUCUGUUCGAACCGAAGUCGUUUGGAGCUGGAGAACUUCCUGUAACGAGCCAUGCUAUCACAGUGCGCCAACGUAUGGUACGCAUGUGGACAAACUUUGCACGAUAUGGAAAUCCUACACCAACUGUGGAUAGCUUACUGCAGGGCACCCUCUGGAGACCGAUCGGUCCUGGAGUAAUAGAUGCGACCCUUAAUAUUGGACACGAUCUCGUGAUGGAGUCGAACCCGAUUGCUAGCCGAUACAAUCAGUGGCAACAGUUAGCUCAGCAAUAUGGAAACAAUAUAUUUAGAAUUUAG